AUGCUGGUCGGAAGGAGACCGUGUUGGAGGCAAUUGCAGGCUUCUUUUUUCAGACUCCUGUGUCUUAUUCCUACAGGGUUCCCCGUCCGAAGUGUGGAUAUGCAGCGAGCGACCGACAACAUUACUAUUCGUCAGGGCGAUACAGCGGUUAUCAGGUGUUACGUGGAUGAUAAGGUGUCCAAAGUUGCCUGGCUCAACCGAUCCAACAUCAUCUUCGCUGGGGAGGACAAGUGGUCGCUGGACCCACGUGUGGACCUAGUGAACAAGGGCCAGCUGGAGUACAGCCUUCGCAUCCAGAAAGUGGAUGUGUACGACGAGGGCUCCUACACAUGCUCCAUCCAGACCAAACAGCAGUCCAAGACCUCUAAUGUCCAUCUCAUUGUCCAAGUUCCAGCAAACAUUUACAAAGUUUCGGAAGACAUCACCGCGAACGAAGGCAGCAACGUGACAUUGAGUUGUCUAGCCAAUGGGAGGCCAGAUCCAUCAAUCACCUGGCGACUGCUCAAUCCAUCAGCGGAUUCUCUAGAUGGGGAGGAGUACCUGGAUAUAUCAGGGAUCAUGAGGAACCAGGCGGGCCGCUACGAAUGCAAAGCCAGCAAUGACGUGGCCACACCGGACGUCAAAUACGUCAAUGUUGUCGUCAACUAUCCUCCCGCCAUCAAGAAUGCCAAGAGCUCUGAAACCCAGGUGGGCCGUAUGGGGGUUCUUCAGUGUGAUGCGGCCGCAGUGCCCAAACCAGAGUUUGAGUGGUACAGAGAUGACAAGAGGCUAUCCAACGCCCAGGGAAUCAGCAUCCAGAUCGUAGGGACCACAACUGUCUUGAUGAUCUCCAACGUUACAGAAGAGGACUAUGGAAACUACACUUGUGUUGCAACCAACAAACUCGGGAUCCAAAAUGCUAGUCUCUUCCUCUAUAGACCUGGUACGGGCCGAGACAUCAACGGCUCUGCCUGCCUAUCCCAGUCACUGUGGCUCCUCCUGGCCUCCAUCACCUGCCUUCUCUUCAAGUGUUAAUAACACCACCA